AUGUCCGUAGCUGAAUCACCACGGCUUGUUGGUCGAUGGUCAGUUGAAGCGUCUCCGGAUGUUGGGACAUCUAGGUCAACGUCUGAAAGCGGGGGCGAGGAGAACUAUGAAUCAGUCCAACACAGUGCUGCGGAAAUCGUAGAGGGAGGAAAAGGCGGUGGUUUGGAAGAAAAGCUGGUCCACGGAAAGAACGAGCUUUCAGUUGGGCGGCCUGGCCCAAUGCGGUUGAAAAGCAUUCCUAUCACCCUAGACAGACUUACAGAGAAAGGAAAGUACGUCCUAACCGCGGACAAGACUGCUCUCAGGGAGAUCCUGAAGCUGAGCAUCGAGAGGGAGGAGAAAUCUGUUUCUGGGAAACAGAAGGGAAAGUUCAGUGACAUGGUCUUCACCCAUCGAUUCACAACCUUUGAUGGACGAAAUCCUGCCAGUGCCGACAGCGAGUUCCAUGGAUUUUUCAAUCUGUUCUGGCUUGGUGUGGCAAUAUUUAUGCUUCAAUUAUUCCUAGAGAAUUACCAGAAGUAUGGAAGUGUACUGGGUGGUAAUCAGAUAGUGCAAAUGAUGUUCCAGCGAGACGUCAUGGUUCUCGUUCUCUCAAGUGCAGGAAUCUGUAUGACAUCCUUGUUUGGAUUAAUAUUACAAAAACUUGUCCACAAACGUUACUUGGGCUGGAAUGGGUCUGGCUGGAUAAUACAGGGUGUUUGGGAACUAGUCUUCCUUGUAGCUGCAAUUGAGUGGACGGUAUUCCGAGAAUGGCCAUGGACACAUUCGUUCUAUUUCACGGUGCAAUCAUUGGUGAUUCUGAUGAAGCAACACAGUUACGCAUUUUAUAAUGGGCAUUUGUCUGAGGCAUUCCAUAUGCGCUCAAAACUACAAGGGGUUUUGAGACAACUUGAGAGUGUCGAUCCAAUAGCGACCCAGUCAAAUACCAUGCCUCAAGUUUCGUCGCUAUCAACCUCCUACCUAGAUCAUCGCCCUACCUCAUCGGAUUUAUCUCAACGUCGGCAAUCUCUCCGCGGCGAUGCUAUGGACGGUUCAACUAUCAAGCAAGUAGCGACUGCAGUUGAAUCCGGUGACCCCCUUGACAUAGAUCAAGUUCAUGCAUUUGAGCGUAUUAUCAAAUGGGAAAUCGAUGCCUUAACAGUCGACCUCAACGGAAGGUGUACGAAGACAGCAAAUCACUAUCCGAAAAACCUGACCGUCUCAAACCUUCUCGAUUUUACCACCCUUCCAACUUUGGUUUAUGAAUUAGAGUAUCCGCGUUCUGAUAAAAUCGAUUGGUAUUACGCUGCCGAGAAAGCAAUCGCAACGUUUGGUAUCAUAUCCGUCAUGAACAUACUAUCCCAGGCUCGCAUCUAUCCAGUCGUCAUGAAGACAGUAGCAAUGAGAGAAACAAUGGACCUAACCGACCGUUUGUAUGAGUUUCCACUAAUUCUGAAUGCUUUGAUAUUUCCAUUCAUAAUGGAAUAUCUAUUGAAGACUUGGUAUGUCAUCUGGGAGUGUGUAUUAAAUUUCCUUGCGGAAAUCACUCGUUUCGCUGAUCGAGGCUUUUGCAAAGAUUGGUGGAACGCGCCGAGCUUCGACGCCUAUGCUCGAGACUGGAAUCGUCCCGUGCAUCUUUUUCUUCUUAGGCACGUCUACAAUUCCUCAAUUUCAGCGAUGAAGGUUAACAAAUACACUGCUACCUUGAUUACGUUCCUUCUCAGCGCCGUUCUCCAUGAACUGCUCAUGUUCAUCCUUUUUAAACGAGUCCGCGGGUAUCUCUUUAUGCUUCAGCUGUCUCAGAUACCUCUGAUUGCUUUUGCGAGAACGAAAUUCAUGAAGAAAAGACCGGUUGCUGGAAACCUUUUAUUGUGGUUUGGACUUGUUAUGUAA